ACUCCUGGAAGCGCAUGACCCCGCCACGAAUCUUCUCACAUAUAGCAUAGCUCGCCAAUACCGGGAAAAGAGGAGACACAACUUACAUAAGCAACUCGCUACCAAUCAGAUUUUGUUUGUUGUCUUUUUCCACUGCAAAACUAGGCCUAUAUUUGACUCAACUGAACUUUCACAUCACUCUGUAGGCGCACGGUGACCGUGGUGCGUAAAAGGACACUUCAAGCGCGUUUUGCUUCAUCGCAGGCUACGGUCUCUUUAUUUGAACACGCACCAGGCAGUUGGAAUGAUAUGACCAUUGGCCAUGUCUAUUUAGCAAAUUUAGACUAUUUUGUUUGUUGACAAAGUCUGAGAACAACGAAAUAUGUUCCCUCUGCCUAUGUUCACCCCGGAGCAAGUGGCUCGGGUGUGCGAGAACCUCGAGGAGACCGGCGACAUCGAGCGCCUUGGGCGGUUCUUAUGGUCCCUGCCUGCCGCUGUCCCUGGCUCCGCGGGGGAGGCGCUCAACCGCCACGAGUCAGUGAUGCGCGCCAGGGCGCUGGUUGCCUUCCACGGAGGAAACUUCGAGGCGCUUUACCAGAUCCUCCAGAGCCACCGCUUUACGCGCGAGUCUCACGCCAAGCUCCAAGAUCUGUGGCUGGAUGCGCACUACCGUGAGGCGGAGCGGCUCCGGGGCCGUGCCCUGGGACCCGUGGAGAAGUACCGCAUCCGCAAGAAGUUCCCCCUGCCUCGCACCAUCUGGGACGGCGAACAGAAGACGCACUGCUUUAAGGUGAGACACCAAGCUGAGAGAACUCGCAGCCUGCUCAGAGAGUGGUACCUCCAGGACCCGUACCCAAACCCAUCCAGGAAACGGCACCUGGCCCAGGCCACGGGACUCACGCCCACACAGGUCGGCAAUUGGUUCAAGAACCGACGCCAGAGAGACAGGGCUGCAUCGGCAAAGAACAUUCUGCAGCAGGACCCCACCCACCUGCCUUCCGGGAGCUCCCCUGAGGGUCCUGCCCAGGAGCAUCACGCCCACCACCCCCGCCUGCUGGCCGCCUCCCCGCGUCACCCGGGCAGCCCAGAGGCCAGCGACUGCAGCACGAGCACCGACCGCCGGGGCACUGGCACCUCCACCCCAGACAACUCCGUUAGCAGCGACAGCGAGUUCGAAUCCUGAGGGUCGGGUCACUGACCACAGCAGGAGAGAGGCUCUCAUUGGUUAAAUCCUGAAGAGAGAGGCUGUGAUCAGUUCUCAGCCAGGAAGGCCUGACCCCACAGAUAUAUAGAGACAAUAGACACUGUAGAACUACUAUGUCUGUAGCUUGAGAUUGGACACUUGGACAGGACGUUCUCUAUGAGAGACUUGAUAUGGACACUUGAUGUGGUUGCUAGUGGACGAAUGGGGAGGGGUGGGGGAUUGGGGAUUAGACCAUCUACAAACACAUGCACUUAAAAUGCACCAUCGAACAUGACUGUUGAGAAACUGUUGCUAAGGACCGUAUGACUGUGCUACUGACUGCUAUAAAGACCCACUACAAUUCUCUGUUCUGUAGAUUUGGACUGGAAUGUGGGUAGAAAAAAGUCAGUCAGUCAGCAGCGAUAACAUAUUCUAGGACAGCAAUAACUAUUCUCAGGCACGUUAUUUAUAGAAAUAAUAUAAACAUACAAUGUCGUAGAGUAAUUACUGAGCUUGAAUUAUAAUAUUAUAUGUUUUGAUACUUAAUGGUUUCAACUCAUCGGGGGUCUAUUUUUGAGUAGUCUAUCAUUGAGCGCUAGCUUUAAUCCCAUUUCUUAAUUAGCCCCUUACAAUGACCACUGCCUUCUGUAGGCUGUUGGUUUCCUACAUGAUCAGUCGUUGGUGGACACAGAACUGCUUGAUUGGAUUGGACAGGUCUGCAUUUCUCUUCAUACACGUCACUGCCUUAUAAAGGAAGUAUAUUGGCAUCACAGCCCCAAUCUUCUAGUUUGGCUAACAUUAGAUACCGUUGCAGACCAUAACUGUCCCUAAAGCUAACACAGCUUAAAGAAAUGGUCUCUAGACAAUCUUGUAAUGCAUGGAAAAGACAUUACACAUCACUAUACAUUUCAUAUAGAUGGUUUAAAUGUUUUCCUGUAUUAUGACAAUGUAUCUACUGUAUAACAAUGCUGAUGUGUAUCCAAAACAUCCUCAUUCUAAUAUUAUCCAGUUCAAACCUGUUAUAUCCUUUUAGACUGUUGUAUGAGGCAUCGUUCAGUGUGGAAUCCUCUGUGCAGCUCUCACUAGAGAUGUCCUUGCAUGAAUUGCCUGUCAGAGCAAAACAAAGUAAGUGGGAUAAAAAUGAAAGCAAUAUUGAAAAAGUGAAGCACAACUUGGUCUUAAUUCAUUGAUGUGCCUAUAAAUGUUUGAGGACUGAAUGACCUGUUUAACAUGACAGUUUCAUCUUUAUAUAUUUUAAAUUGAACCAGGAAAAUCAGUUAAGAACAAAUUCUUAUUUACAAUGACGGCCUACCGGGGAAC